AUGGCCUUUGCCGCAAAGCUCGGAUCAUUGACAGAUGAGCUUGUCAACUCUGUUUUAGCUGACUCAAAUGUUGGCCCCUCGCGGACGAAGAAGCUCCGCGACACUGCGUUUCACACCCUCAAGACCAAUGCGUACCUUCGCACUAAUCAAUUCGAGGUCGAGAACAGCUUCAUUGGCCUCGACGAGAGGUUACGCAUCAAUGACAGGGAUGGCUUGGCGGAUGAGUUGAAGCAGAGGCGAACAGCUCUCGAGGCUGCCCCGCAGAAAUGGCACCCAGAAAUCCUCGCCUUGUUGCUCGAGCUGUCUGAUCAGCCGACGUACAAGUCCAAAUUGAGAGACCUGUAUGUGCUGGAAUCGUAUGAGCCACCUGGUCCUGAGACGAUCGACUGGAAGCAGAUUGCAAGAGAGGACGGUUGGGAUGAGGACCCUGAUUUGUGGAAGACGAAUCGAUACGAGCUCAGCUCAGACGAUGAUCUAUCUUCUCAUGAUGGCAACGACACAGAGAUUACGUCUGAAUCGGAGGACGCAACUGCUGUUGGACGGGUGGCUGAACACCUCAUUGUUCCCCGAAGCGACGAUGCACAGUAUGACUCGAUUCUUAAAGCACAAGAAUGGCGCAACCCAAAGCCAGCGACAAAGACUGGCUCAGGAGCGGGCAAGACCGCGGUUGUCGAGACGCAUGUUCUGCGGGAGAUUCUUCACCUGCUCCAGGGUUUGCAGACAACCAUGUUCGACGAGAAGUGCCGACCGCGGCCCGAGUUUCAAACUUCGCACUUGGUCUGGGAAACGCACAAGACGGUCAUGGCGGAUUUCUCGGAAGCUAGUCGUCGUAUCAUGGUGCUGCGACUGUUUACGCGGAGCAAGGAAACGGCAACACAUGUGCAAGCAUUUCAGGACUGCGUGGCUCGGAGGUUGAUGGACUUUGAUCGACACCUGUCCAGUAUCCACGAAAAGCUGAUCGCGCCAGACGGAGAGGUUGUCGCGAGCCUUCUCUCCCUAGAAGCAGACCUGGAAGGCUGGCUUGAGCCCCUGUUCGCCCUGUCGAGCAUUCUCGUUCGCGUGUGGGACCAAGCAUCAAACCCUUUCGCGUACAUUGAAUGGCUCUAUGAAGAGACAAGCGUGGCCCAGCUCAGUGGGAUGACUCGGACUUAUGACUUUUUAGCACGUAUCUUCAUCGAGUGUUUCAAUGUCUACCUGCGGCCCGUGCGUCUGUGGAUGGACGAUGGGAAACUUCUCCCCAACGACCAGAUUUUCUUCGUCUCAAAGAUAUCCGAGGCAAUGGCCCCGGGCGACAUUUGGAGCAAAGUGUACCACUUUAGGGCGAAAGAUGGCAGGCUGCACGCACCAUCAUUCCUUAGCCCAGCAGCCAACAAGAUCAUGAACGCUGGGAAGAACCUCGUCAUUCUCGGGAAGUUGGGACAACAGGCCGCAGUGUCCAAGAGCGAAGAGCCUUCACUGGACAUUGCAACGGUCUGUCCUUCUGGGUCAGAAUUGGCCUCCUUUUCAGAUCUCUUCGCCACGGCUUUCGACCACUGGAUCCAGAGCAAAUAUCGUGCCACAUCAGCAACACUCAAGGCCACAUUAUUGGAGAAGUGCGACCUACCUGGGGCUCUCGUGGCACUGCAACGUCUCUAUUUGAUGUCGGACGGCACCGCCGCUGCCUCAUUUUGCGAAGCCUUGUUCCAGCGCGUGGACAGCAAGGACCCUAGGUGGCACAAUGGUUCUGCCGUGACUGCGAUUGCGCACGAGGCGUACGACCACCUUGUAGACACAGAUCGCGUGACCAUCGCGGUCGACACGUCGCAGAUCCAACGCGAAUCCGAUUCUUCGCGAGCCGCGCUCGCUCAUGUCCACGUUCGCUACCGUCUACCUUGGGCCAUCCAGAUGGUGAUCUCACCGUACAGUAUCACGCAGUACGACACAAUGCAUGGCCUGCUUCUCCAGCUUCGAAGAACAGCCUACAUCCUCCAUCAACCCAAGAUCCUGGACGCGUACUGGACAGACCAUGAGAAUUGGGAUGAGAGAGCACUCUAUUACACGUGCCGUCAUCGACUACUGUGGUUCACAGGUGUCCUCCAAAUGUAUCUCUCCACGCUCGUGCUGGCGCCCAAUGUAUCGCAGCUCGAGGCCGAUCUCGCUUCCGCUGAAGACGUUGACGGUCUGAUAGCAGUACACGACACGUUUGUCAAGAAAGUGGUGGAUGAGGCCUGCCUGGGCAGUCGGCUGACUCCCAUCAGGGGGUGCAUGCUGGAAACACUCGAUCUCGCCACCGUCCUCCACACACCCUCCGAGCAGCAACUAGGCGUGUUGCAAGGCGUGAGAAGCAAGUUUGAUGAAAACAUUCGAUUCAUCACGAGCGGUCUGCACAGUGUGGCACGGGCCAAGAGCAGUGAACAAGGCAGCAAGUGGGACACACUGGCAUCCAUGCUGCAGUCCGGGAUACCUUAG